CACUCUAAGAAAAGCCAACUUGGCAACUAAAGUGAACCAUAUAUGGAAGAUGAGAGAAACCACAACAUAUCUUCUUCGUCUCUCCCGUCUUUUUGCAAGCAAUUGGCGAGCUCAAGUACUCUUCGGGAGAGCAUGGAACUGGACAUUCCCAUCAUUGAUCUAAGCGUUUCUAAUGAAGAGCUCCUGGUGCGUGAGGUGACGAAAGCGAGUGAAGGUUGGGGAAUUUUUCAGGUGGUUAACCACGGAAUUCCGAUGGCGCUGAUGCGGCAGCUGCAAGUGGUUGGGAAGCAGUUCUUUGACCUCCCGGAGACAGAAAAGGAAGCCGUGGCGCAAGACGAAGAUAUUGAAGGAUACAAGAAAAACUAUCUAGACGGUAUUAAGGCUUGGGACGAACAUCUCUUUCACAGACUCUCCCCACCCUCUAUCAUCAAUUAUAAGUAUUGGCCAAAACAUCCUCCCCAAUAUAGGGAGGUGAAUGAGGAUUACACAACGCAUGUGAAGAAGCUAACAAAGAAAAUUCUUGGUUGGUUAUCAGAGGGACUAGGGUUACCUUCCGUGACGUUGACGCAAAGAUUAGGUGGGGAAAUGGCACAGUAUUUGAUUAGGGUCAAUUACUAUCAGCCGUCCUCCAAAUCUGAAUUAGUCAUAGGAGGCGCUGCGCACACCGAUAUAGGUGCAAUCACACUUCUCGUCCCAAAUGAAGUUCCUGGACUACAAGUCUUCAAGGACGAAAAAUGGUUGGACGUUGAGUAUAUGGACUCAGCAAUGGUUGUUUUCAUCGGCGAUCAACUCAUGAGGAUGACCAACGGGAGGUUCAAGAACGUGCUUCACAGAGCAAUGUUGGAUAAGGAAAGAUUGAGGAUUUCUUGGCCGGUUUUUGUUUCGCCUAGGGAUGAUAUGUUGGUCGGACCUUUGCCUGAGCUUACGGGAGACGAGAAUCCUCCCAAAUUCGAGACUUUAGUUUUUAAAGACUAUACGCAGCAGACGCUCAAAAGCUGGGCGGUCGAGAAGCUUUAUAGUUUAUAAAGAAUCCUCUCUACUGAAAACCCUAGAAACCCAUGAACAAAAAAUCUCUCAAUAAAUUAUGAUGAAUUGUCCAA